CACUGGAAGAGUCAGUUAAAUUCGAACCGCCGAUCGCGUCAAGGUGUGUCGUGAACGAGUCCGUUCCGCCUCCGAUCGGAGUCCUGAUUUAUCGUCCUCGCAAAGCGGUUUCUCCUCUACGUGAACCACUGAAUUAAACGAAUCAACAAUCAAGAUGGGGUGCGGAAUGGGAAUGAUCAAGUACCUCCUCUUCAUAUUUAACUUCAUCUUUGCGCUAUGCGGUCUGGCCAUCUUGAUCGUGGGCGUUCUUGUUCACAUAGAAGAUAAAAAGUAUAUCAACGAAAUGGACGGGCUCACUGAUAAUCUUACAUUCCAAUCGAUAGCAUUGAUCGUCAUCGGCAGUAUCAUCUUUAUCAUCGCCUUCUUCGGAUGCUGCGGAGCGAUUCGCGAGAGUCAUUGCAUGGUCAUCACGUUUGCAUCUUUACUUUUAACAAUCCUGAUUAUACAAGUGGCUAUUGCGAUCUACACGUUUGUUGCGUUGAAGAAUGCUGACGAGAUCAAUUUCAAGGAGGAAUAUAAGACAAAAGUCUUCGACAAAUACAAUUCCUCGGAAGAGACAAAGGAAUUAGUAAAUUUGAUACAAAAAGAACUGGAAUGUUGUGGUGUUGACAGCUAUAAUGAUUUCAACGGAAAUAUUCCGGGAAGUUGCUGUGGUAAAAAUUCGAGUGACACUUGCCACCAGCAAGACGCUUACCACAGAGGUUGCGUAAUCGCACUAAAAGAUUUCUUUAAAUAUGCAAGCGCGAUAGUAGGUGGCAUCGCUCUGGGUAUCGCUGCAAUUGAGCUGAUCGGUAUCAUCUUCGCGCUAUGUCUGGCAAAUUCCAUAAAGAACGCCGAACGCAGAGGCUACAGUGUAUAAAAAUGGAGCAUUGCGAAGGACAUCGCCGCGGGCGGGAAACAUAACAUACGCAACAACGUUUUUACCUAUCUAUUACCGUCAGCGUACAUUCGUCUAUAAAAUGUGAUAAAAUAUUUACGCUUUCCAUACACAAUAGAUUAAAUUAAAUUAAAUUAUUUUUUCUUUCCGGGCAGAAAACAAGUAUGGAGCAAAAAAGUGUCUCUUUAUAUUUCUCUUUCGAGUCUCUUUGCGCGUUGUAAAUCAUAACUAAAGCAUAAAGAUAACAUAUCAAUUUCAAUAAAAUAUAUUUUUACUUUCUAACUUGAAGAACUUAAAUUCUACAUUAAAAAUUUAACAUAGAAGU